AUGUCAGUGCUAUGGGCACGAUAACCACAACUACGUUACUUUUACUGUUACUUUUAAUGUCGUUGGCGGUUCUCCAGGUCUUUGGGUCAAUGUCAAUGCUGAAGCAAGAAUGCGGAAGAAGUGUUAGAAGAGCUAGACAACCACGAUCGGAAUCUCUGGGCAGAAUUAUCAAUGGGAAGCAAAGCAUAAGAGGAGCUUGGCCAUGGCAAGUAUCGCUUCAGCUCUUACACCCACAAUUUGGAUUUUUAGGACAUUGGUGUGGAGGAGUUAUGAUAUCAACAGAAUGGUUAUUAACAGCUGCGCAUUGCAUAAACAAUGAUUUAUUCAAUCUACCAUUGGCUGCUCUUUGGACUGCAGUUGUAGGAGAAUGGGAUCGAGAAGUAGAAGAGUAUUCCGAACAAAGAAUACCUAUCGAAGAAGUUAUUCUCCAUGAAAGAUUUCACAAUUUUCAGCAUGACAUUGCUCUUAUGAAAUUGUCUCGACCGGUGAAAUUUACACAAGAAAGCCGAGUUCGAGCUGUAUGUUUACCAACUACCAGGCUUCAUCACAAUCAAACCGACUUGUGUUAUGCUACAGGUUGGGGUAGAGCCGCAGAAGAUGGUUUAUUAUCCAUCAGAUUACUUGAGUCGAGAGUUCCAGUACAUGAUAAUGCUGUUUGCAGAAAAAAAUAUGGACAUGCUGUACAUAUCAAAUCUGGCCAUUUGUGUGCAGGGCAUUUGGACGGAUCCAGUGGAACAUGCGUGGGUGACUCUGGAGGUCCUUUACAAUGUGCAUUGCAAGAUGGAAGAUGGAUAUUGGCGGGGAUUACUUCCUUUGGAUCUGGUUGUGCCAAACCUGGUUUUCCUGAUGUAUAUACAAGAUUAUCGCAUUAUUUACCAUGGAUAAAAUCCAAAACAAAGACUUUAAAAAGAAAAAGCAAAGACCAAAACACGUGAAUGUAUAUUUGUAAUAUUUAUAAUACCUAUAGUAAUAUUUCAAUAAAAA